CCCAUCCAAAACUCACCUUCACUGCAACUUCAGCAGCAACAACUAGACAGUUUUUUGGCAAACCCCCGAAACAGCUGUAUUUGGUUGACUUUGAGUGUCGGAAGCACGGUAACCUUCGUAUAUCGAGUCCCAGCUUAUUGUCAGAGAAAAGAGAUACGAGACCACGGUUUACCACCCGUUCACCUCAACUCUCAGGAACCUUGGCGGGGCAGUAAUCAGUUGCAUCCACACCGACCUCGUCAUAGCCAGCGACCUCAGCAUCCCCAACAUGGAGAUCGGUCCCGCCUUGUACAACAGAUUUGCCGAGGCUCUGAGCAAUGAGAAUGGCUAUCGACUUGCUGAAACAUUAUCGCCAGACAUCCCAAACGAACAAUUGAGGAAGGUUUUCAAGAGUCAAAAUGCUCAGAAUAUCAAGAACGUUCUCAGGCGCGGUCUGCAGGGGAAUGCUGCCCUCGCUCUUGAUCAUCAAACCCUACAGGGCUGGGUCGAUGUAUACGCGGCAUAUUGGAAUGCCACGGGAGUUCUUCUGACGGCUCGGGAGUCAGAGAGCGACAGCAGCAAGUCGUCGCACCUGGUGUGGACAAAGGUCUACGAGGCUUGGACUGAACUCCUGAACACCCUGCUCCGGGGUUACCAGAACUUUGGUUUCGAAGCUUUCACCAUCCCCUGCCUGUAUGUGGUGUGCAAGUAUCUUCGUGUUUUUGCCAUUCAAGCGGACGAGGAGCGGAAUAGAAACGCCCCCUUCGACAAUGGUGCAACAACUCUCCAAGAUGACUUCGACCCAGAGACCAACAAGAAUCAGAAGUUGGAAGAUUGUGCGCGAGUCUUGUCCAGAGUCUUCAUGAUUUGCCAAACAGAUCGGGCACCACUCGAAGAAUCGCGAAAAUGGGGUAGCUACUACAUCGCCAACCUCCUUCUCAAGACUUACUUCCGAUUGAACUCAGCGUCCCUUUCCAAGAACAUUCUGAACAGCUUGCGCGCCGGCGGCCGGGAUAUGCCGGACUUCUCCCUCUUUCCAAAGUCUCAACAAGUAACAUUCAAGUAUUACGAAGGAGUCCUGGCUUUCCUGGAGGAGAACUAUAUCCAGGCCGAGGAGUGCUUGACCGAGGCGUGGAAUCUGUGUCAUAAGAAUGCAAUGAGGAAUAAGGAGCUUAUCCUGACAUACCUCAUCCCAUGCCAUCUCAUCAAGAGCCACACCUUGCCGACCAAAAAGUUGCUGGAGCCGUUCCCAAGACUGCAGAAACUCUUCCUUCCUCUCUGCCGGUGUAUCAAACGAGGAGAGCUUCACAAGUUCGAUCUUGCGUUGCAGGAAGGCGAGGACGAGUUUGUCAAGCGCCGCAUCUAUCUUACCUUGGAAAGGGGCCGCGAUAUCGCGCUGCGGAAUCUACUGCGGAAGGUCUUCAUUGCCCGCGGGUUUGAGGAGGCCAAAGAAGGAGAAAAGCCCGUUCGUCGUACUCGUGUGCCCGUCGCUGAGUUCGCCGCCGCCAUCAGCCUAGGCAGCCAGGAGAAGAUUGACAACGACGAGGUUGAGUGCUUGUUGGCCAACAUGAUAUACAAGGGUCACAUGAAGGGAUACAUUUCACGCCAGCACGGCAUCGUCGUGCUCAGCAAGUCAGGGGCAUUCCCUGGCACGGGGAAAGCGCUGAGGAAGGUGCACAAGGGCCAGUUCCGUGCGCGAGUUAGACAAAUGUGAUGGCACAGUCCUGGGUUCGACGGGAUGAGACAGAAGAGGCCACGCCGCGGUUAUUGAGCGGCUGACUUUGUUGGCUGCAUGAUACUUAUCGCGUGCUUUUAGCGUCGGAAAGCGCGGGAUGCUCGUGAAAUUUUGGUGACUGAUUCAACCGACGUAGUCUGUGACGCGGAAUUGAAGCAAACAGCUAACGCCCCUUGGUCUCCUACCGUAGGAGAGGCGACCGAGACGGGAGAGCGAAAGGCUGGAUGCCUUGAUGGAUGAUAAUGUUUGCACUUCUCAAACUCCGACAAGAGUGCCGAGAUGCGAAACCG